AUGAACAAAAUCUUGAGUCAUCAUAUAUUCAAGCCAGAGGAGGUUCAUCAACCUACUAUUAAGGCAGACUAUAAUAGUGAUUCUAGUGUAAAUACUGAAAAACCAAAGCCCGUAAAUUCCAAGAUUAAGAAACUGGAACCAGAGGUUCAAGAUUCUUCAUCAGAAAGUGAGGAACAAUAG